AUGUCGAGAGUUCAUAUCUCUAAAGUUCUUAAAGGUAACGUUUCCCUCACCACUGGAAAACGAUUAAAAAGUAAAGAAAAAUUCCCAAACGAUAAUAGUGAAAGACCAUUUUUUUGUGAAUCUUGUGGAAGAGGUUUUUACAGACUAGAACAUAAAAAGAGACAUUUAAAAAUUCAUACUGGUGAAAAACCAUAUAAAUGUAAAUUUGAACAAUGCAUCAAAAGUUUUAGUAGAAGUGAUGAAUUGCGUAGACAUUCAAAAAUACAUAUUUCGCCUGCUACUAAAUUAAGCCCUAAUAACAUCAUUAGAACCUAUUCUCCGGUGUCAUCUUCGGAAAAUAGCAAUACUACGAUGACUGCAACCACUCCAAAGAGAUGUUAUAAAAAGAGACAAUCUAAAAGUAAAUAUACAAUCCCUUUAACCCCCAUUUCUUCAAUGACAGAUAUUAAGAGUAAGUACGCACCUCUUCCUCAGUCAUCUCAAAUUUACACAGAAGCUCCAGUAGAUAACAAUGUUGCUGCCACUUUAGCUACUCUAAAAAGAACAGCCGUACUACCAUCUUCAAACAAUAAGCAAGCUAAAGCAGAUGUCAUUUUUAAAUUUUCUGACAGUGACAAUACAUCUACUUCUUAUGGCAGUGAUAAUGAAAUCAGUGGUAUCUCUUUCGAUACCUCAAAUCCAUCACCUCCUUCUGGAGUAUCAUUAACUUCAUUCAAUACGAAUUAUUUCCCUUCAACUUUAUCUUCUAAUAAUAUUUUAAAUAUUAAAACGAGUUUACCUCCAUUAAGAACAAUUCUAAAAGGUAUUGAAAUAUUUGAAAGUAACAAUUGA